GCAGGCAAGAAAAAAACUGCAAAAAAAAAAGGGGAAGGGGGUAGAAGACAAAACACACAGCAGAUCUCGCCCCAACGUCUCUGGAAAGAACUGAAGUUCGACCAUUUCUCCUGGAUUAUUUUUUUUUUAAAAAAAACUUGACUGAAGUCGCUGGUCUUUCCUCCUCGUCUCUGAGUGAACUCAACGAGGGUGGAGAAAUAAGGAAGGGAAAGGAGGAGGAUAAGCACCUAAAAGGAUCAGAUACUGAACAAGAAGAACAUAAAAGUAAAGAAAAGGCCCGGAGGGGGAAGUACAGCGUUCCACAGAUUCCCCUGUCCUUUCUCUCCUGAUUUUUGUUUUUGCCAAUGCUGGAAUCCUUCCAGAACCUGGCACGAACAGCCACACUUCACGAUAAAAUAUUUGACUACUGGAAAGCUAUGGACGUAUCUAAGCUGGUGCUCUUCAUAAAUGCAAAGUUUGGAUCGGGAAUUAGCGAUCGGGAGCCCUGGCUGAUUGUUUCCCUCUUUUUCCAAACCUGAGGGAUUCCAUUCUGGCCAAGUUCCUCACAUAAUGAGCGCCAACAGAGCAAGCAAAGCACUGAAGAUUAAGAGAGAGUCGGGUGAAAAUACCCCUGUGCUAAUGGACCAGGAACUGGUGUCGAUGUCCGUGCGGGAGCUAAACCACCAUCUCCGCGGCCUCUCCAAAGACGAGAUCCUGAACCUGAAGCAGCGGCGGAGGACCCUGAAGAACCGUGGCUACGCGGCCAGCUGCCGGGUGAAGCGGGUGACGCAGAAGGAGGAGCUCGAGCGCCAGAAGGCCGAGCUGGAGCAGGAGGUGGAGAAACUGGCGGCGGAGAACGCCGACAUGAAGACGGAGCUGGACGCCCUGCGCUCAAAGUACGAGGCCCUUCAGAGCUUUGCUAGGACGGUGGCCUGCGGGCCCAUCACGCCCACAAAGGUCAACACGACGAGUGUGAUCACGAUCGUGAAGUCGUCCAACUUCUCCUCGCGCUAGCCUUCUGGCGAGAGCCAGUUUUUUGCCAAAGGGCCACUGUCC